UAGGACAGUGUCUCUGGGUUUAAGGAGUCCUGACCAGCUCCAGCAUUACGGACACAGAGAGAGGGGCUGCUGCUGGGAAAUGGUUCCCUUACCAAGUUCAUCCUUUUUUAAAGCAAUUUGAUAUGUUGGACUAUUUUACUCCCUUGGUUUUCUUUUGAAAGCUUCCGCGUCGGCAGGAGAUGAAUGCCCUGGCGCUGAGGCUACGAGCGAAGCUGUUGGUCUUGGGAGGGGAUAAAGCUGCGUGUAAAUGAGAAGAGAGGAGUGUACCGCAGUGCUAUGGAGGGCAGCAACUUUGUUGCUGUGACUUUUACAAGCCUUCAAGGAAGUUCCAUGGAGUUGGACUAAAAUAAAGUUUUGGGAUGUCUCUAUUUGGAUUAAAAUUUGGAAAGAAGAAAUUGAAAGAGGAAGAGAGACAACUUCAAGCAAACAACCGGGAUUUUAAUCUGCAGUUUGAAUAUGCUAACAAUUCAAUUAAAACAUCGAAGUACAACUUCUUCACUUUCCUGCCUCUCAACCUGUUUGAACAGUUUCAGCGAAUAGCUAAUGCUUACUUUCUUUUCUUGCUGAUUUUGCAGUUGAUUCCUCAGAUUUCCUCGCUGGCCUGGUUUACAACAGUGGUGCCCCUAGUGCUGGUGCUGGCUGUAUCGGGAGUCAAGGAUGCCAUCGAUGAUUUUAAUCGACACAAAAGUGACAAACACGUCAACAACCGCCCGGUCCAGGUCCUGAUCAAUGGCAUGUUAAAGGACGAAAAAUGGAUGAAUAUCCAAGUGGGGGAUAUAAUAAAACUAGAAAACAACAACUUUGUGACGGCCGAUCUACUGUUACUGUCGAGCAGCGAGCCGCACAGCCUGACGUACAUCGAGACAGCUGAACUGGACGGUGAAACAAACCUGAAGGUGAAGCAGGCACUGACAGUCACUGCAGAGCUUGGAGAAGAUCUUCAGAAACUGACAGAGUUCAAUGGUGAAGUCAAAUGUGAGGCACCAAAUAACAAACUGGAUAAGUUCACAGGAACUCUUACUCUUCGGGGAGAGAAGUAUGCCCUGGACAACGAGAAGAUGUUGCUGAGGGGCUGUACUAUUAGGAACACAGAGUGGUGCUUUGGUCUCGUUAUUUAUGCUGGGCCAGACACCAAACUAAUGCAGAACAGUGGAAAAACAACUUUUAAACGGACGAGCAUUGAUCGGCUCAUGAAUGUCCUUGUGUUGGUGAUCUUUGCGUUUUUAGCACUGAUGUGUCUUAUCCUGGCUAUUGGCAAUGGCAUCUGGGAGUAUGAUAAAGGCUACUACUUCCAGGUCUAUCUGCCCUGGGCAGAAGGUGUCAACUCUGCCUCCUACUCCGGCUUCCUCAUGUUCUGGUCGUACGUGAUCAUUCUAAACACGGUGGUGCCAAUUUCACUCUACGUCAGUGUAGAGAUUAUACGCUUGGGUAACAGUUUCUACAUUGAUUGGGACCGUAAAAUGUAUUAUCCGCUGAAUAAUACACCGGCUCAGGCCCGUACCACUACACUCAAUGAAGAGCUGGGGCAGAUCAAGUACAUCUUCUCAGACAAAACAGGAACUCUUACUCAGAACAUCAUGUGUUUCAACAAGUGCUCCAUCAACGGCAAAGCCUAUGGUGAUGUGUAUGAUAUGUCUGGGCAAAGAAUAGAAAUAAAUGAGAACACAGAGAAGGUUGAUUUCUCAUACAACCACUUAGCCGACCCGAAGUUUGCCUUCUAUGACCACAGCCUGGUUGAAGCUGUGAAGCUGAGUGAUGUGCCGACGCACAGGUUCUUCCGGCUGCUCUCGUUGUGUCACACAGUGAUGCCAGAAGAGAAGAAGGAAGGUAACUUGGUGUAUCAGGCACAAUCUCCUGACGAGGGAGCCCUCGUCACUGCUGCCAGAAACUUUGGAUUUGUGUUCCGGGCUCGCACACCAGAGACCAUCACUGUUGUAGAAAUGGGAGAAACAAAAAUUUACAAACUCCUGGCUAUUCUUGAUUUCAACAACGUUCGCAAGCGAAUGUCUGUUAUUGUGCGUAGUCCAGAAGGCGACUUGACUUUGUACUGCAAGGGAGCUGACACCAUUCUUUAUGAACUGCUUCAUUCAUCCUGUGACUCUCUCAAAGAGGAGACCACAGAACACCUGAAUGAGUUUGCUGGUGAAGGUCUGAGGACACUAGUGGUGGCCUAUAAAAACUUGGACGAAGGCUACUUUCAGGACUGGAUCAGGCGUCACCAUGAAGCAAGCACUGCCUUGGAAGGACGGGAAGAUAAAUUGUCAGAGUUAUAUGAAGAGAUUGAAAAAGACCUACUGCUGCUAGGUGCCACAGCGAUUGAGGACAAGUUACAAGACGGAGUCCCACAGACAAUUGAGACUCUUGCCAAAGCCAACAUUAAGAUCUGGGUUCUCACUGGAGACAAGCAAGAGACGGCAAUGAAUAUUGGUUACUCCUGCAACUUGCUGAAUGAUGACAUGGAAGAUGUUUUCAUUAUUGAAGGCAGCACAUCUGAUGAUGUACUUAAUGAGCUGAGGAAUGCAAGGAAAAAGAUGAAGCCAGACUCCUUUCUGGACAGCGAUGAAAUCAACAUUCAGUUUGAAAAAUCUUCAAAACCACCAAAAAUUAUACCUGAUGAGCAAGCAAAUGGGGUGUAUGGUCUGGUUAUCACUGGCCACAGCCUGGCUUACGCACUGGAAGGGAAUCUGGAGCUGGAGCUGGUGAGAACUGCCUCCAUGUGCAAAGUGGUGAUCUGCUGCCGCGUGACCCCACUGCAGAAAGCCCAGGUGGUGGAGCUGGUGAAGAAGUACAAGAAGGCUGUGACCUUGGCAAUCGGAGAUGGCGCCAACGAUGUCAGCAUGAUCAAAACUGCCCACAUCGGGGUUGGUAUCAGUGGCCAGGAGGGGAUGCAGGCUGUCUUGUCCAGUGACUUCUCCUUUGCACAGUUCCGUUACCUGCAGCGCCUGCUCUUAGUGCAUGGCCGGUGGUCCUACAUCCGCAUGUGCAAGUUCCUCAAAUACUUCUUCUACAAGAAUUUUGCCUUCACAUUAGUGCAUUUCUGGUAUGGCUUCUUCUCUGGCUUCUCAGCACAGACUGUCUAUGAUGAGUGGUUCAUUACGCUUUACAAUUUGGUAUAUACCUCCCUCCCAGUGCUAGGAAUGAGCCUCUUCGAUCAGGAUGUGGAUGAUCGUUGGAGCAUGCUGUUUCCUCAGCUUUAUGUGCCUGGCCAGCAAAACCUCUAUUUUAACAAAACGGUGUUUGUCAAGUGCAUGUUGCAAGGGAUCUACAGUUCCCUCAUUCUCUUCUUCAUCCCCUAUGGGGCCAUGUACAAUACAAUAAGAAGUGACGGGAAGGCCAUUGCUGACUACCAGUCCUUUGCACUGAUGGCCCAGACCUGCUUACUGAUUGUGGUGUCUGUACAGAUUGGGUUGGACACCUCUUACUGGACAGUUGUGAACCAGUUCUUCAUCUGGGGAAGCCUUUCUGUUUACUUUGCUAUCACCUUCACCAUGUAUAGUGAUGGCAUGUACCUGAUCUUCACAGCCUCCUUCCCAUUUGUUGGUACAGCUCGAAACACCCUCAGCCAACCAAACGUGUGGCUAGCAAUGUUCCUCAGCAUCACACUCUGUGUGCUGCCUGUGGUUGGCUUUCGAUUCCUGAAGGCUCAGUUAAAGCCAACUCCCACCGAUAAGGUCCUGCUCAAGAUCAAAGAAGCCAAAAAGAGGCCACCUCCACCCUCACCCAAGAGACGCCUGCGUCGGACCAGCACCCGCCGCUCCGGCUAUGCCUUUUCCCAUCAGCAUGGCUUUGGAGCACUCAUUAUGUCUGGGAGAAACAUGCGGCCAAAAUCACCUUUUGCCACAACGGGAACGUUUUCACCAAAUAGUGACAAAUAUAAACACAAAGGACUAUAAAAAAAAAAAAAAAAAAAAAGACAAAAACCCCAACAAAGCAAACCAAAGUAAAGGGCUGUCAGGAGAGGAGGCUGUGCUCCCUGCGGAGCACCAAGCUGGUGGCUGCCUAGAAAUCUGCCCUCUGGGCUAGCAAAUCAAGGACUUGGGCCUUUCACCCACGUGCACUCUCUGACUUGAGCUUCUCUAGUUGCAAAGAUGUGUGCUGCUGCCAGGCAAGGUGGGCAGGGUGAAUUAGAGCUGUUGUAUGCUAUCCCAGAGGGCCUCCCUCAAAAACAGAGAACAUGCAAGAGGCAUCUCCGCUCCCUGAGAUCAUUCAUAAUGUUGUGGGUUGUUUUUUUCUCCCUUUAAGUACAUACCUCAGAGCAAAGAGAAGUCCAAACUGAGAAAAAGACUGAAUUGGCGAUGUCUUUCUCAUUCACGUGCCUUUGUUUCUGUCAUGAAUCCACUCUGGGCCAUCUUACUGGGGUGACAGCAUUGGCCCCAGUUACGCCUUAGGUCCAGCCACACAACCCUCAAAUCCCUAAUCUUUGUAAUAUGUGUAAUUUUGUAGCCUUUUGACUGUACACAGGCACUUUGGAAGGCAUGAGUUGGAAAUAACUUCCUUCCAAACUAACGGUUAAUCCAGUUUCUCAAGAGAUGGCCAGUUCCCAAACACCACCCUCUUCCCACAUCUGCAGGCUGUUGGGAAGUGCUGCAAGCUCAGAGUUGGUCAAGGGACAAGGACUUGACAUUCAUCAGCCUGCCCUGUUUUAUCUGCAUUGCAAAUCUGCUCUUGUAAAAGAUCAUUGUCCUCAGAGCCCUCUCAGGUUUUGUUCCUGGGCACCAGCCAUUUCAUUUAGACUUAAAAUAAAAGGGCAGAAGCAGCUCAUGCUCCCAUAUGGAUCAAGCCAUAAAACCUGGCCCUGAGAAGCCCGUGUCAUGGUUAGGGCUCAUCUGAGCUGCCAGCACCAGGUGUCUCCCACCAUAAGAGACUGAGGCACACGCACAUCUGACUCGAUGGAGAUCACACAAGUGCUAUCAGAGGCAGAGCUAUUUCUUGGCUAGCGUGGGGUGUCCUGCCCUUUGCACUGAGCUUGCUUGUGUCAAGGAUGAAGUGUGACCUGGUGGCUCCCUCACCCUCCUCGAUGAGCGGUGUGGUCAAGUUUCAGAGCAGCUUAGCGAGGGCUCGGGGGCCUCUGCAGAGUUCCUCUGUGCUGGGCUAAUAUUUUCUUUGGGAACAGUUCAUCUGUCAAUCACGGGUUGCAGAGAGCUGAAAAUCCUAUCAAUGUGGCUGCUAGCAGAGGGACUUCAGAUGCACAGACACAGCCAAAGAUGUGGUGAUCCUGAGGGACUGCGAUUUGCUCACUGUUUUGUUACACCAGCUCCACAAUCAGCGGGGUUACUGGGUGCAAGGCCAGCAUGGCAGCCCGAGAGUCUGUCCUGCCAACGCUGCUGAGCUGUCUAAAUGGAGCUUUUUUGUGCAAAGGAUUAAGCAGCGUUGGCUGUUACAAUUUUUUCGUCUCCUUUAUACAAAUUUAGACUCCUUCCUUAUUUAGAAUUAGAUUUUUUUGCACAGUAACUAUCUGGUAUUUAUUGGGAACUCUUUGCCUUGAGUCUCUGAGGUAUCAGUGGAGGCAACGUAUGAUGGCAACAGGCUUGGCACGUCCCCAUUUCAUCCGGUCUGUGUAUAACACGUUUCUGCCUGUGGUCCCAGUUUCAGCAGUUACUACGUAAGAUUGUUUAAGCUCUAAUAGAAGGUUUCAUCUCCCUGCGUUUAUCUCAGCACAGAAAAAAAACCCUCCAGUCUGUUGCACCUGCUGCUUUGGGAGGCUCAUUGCAAACUGUGGUAUUAAAUUUCAGCGUAGCUAGGGCAAAACUAGAGCUGGGACUGGAUCCAGACUUCAGCAGCCAGGAGCUGCUUGCUAGGAAAGGACCAAAUUCCAACCCGGUGAUCUCCCCUGCAAGCAGAUACCUAAGUGAGAGCCUGCACCCUGACUGAUGAAAGCGCUGUGGAUAGUUAGAGCUUACCACAGCCCUCUGAUUUACCAUUCGCUUUGCAGAGACAGUCAUGGCUUUCUGAGCAGGAUUAUGUCUUUCACAGUCAGCCUCCCUGAGGCUAGAGGAAAAAGGAGAAUUUAUGCAGGUAAGCAGACAUCCCCACGAUACCCAGACUGGUCUGUGGGCCAAGAGUUCUAUCAAAGCUGUUCCUAGCAUGUAAUUCAGCAGAAUAUAAUGCCGAGCAGCAGAGGCAGACCUUUUGCUGACAGAGCAAGGCAACUCUGAGACUGCCUCAUUCUUUUCAUAUGGUUUACGUGCAAAGCACUCACCUUCUGGCGAAAGGGAACUUGCAAAUGCUGCAUAGGACGUGUAGGGGAUAAUAGAUUUGCUGGUGAACUCGAACCAGAUACAAAUAUUUCAAAAAAAAAUUUGACAAGAUCAGCAUUUGAAACAUAUCAGCUGGCAGUGAUGUCUGUCCUACAUCACUCCUGAUUUUGUAAAAUAUUUUUUUUUAAAUAAAAAGAGAAUAUUGGGAUGACCAA